GUAUUUUAUCGGCUCUGUCGGUGUUCGCACGACGGUCGCUCUCCCUUAAUCAUAAUACUUAUCGUCUAUUCAUGAUACUUUCAGUUUUUAUUUUUAUAUAUCCAAUAUUUAUUCACGAUUACAAAUGAAACGUAUAGAAUUUAAUAUUAUUUUAACGAUAGAACUUUUUUAAUAUAAAUCUAUCUGAGUGAUAAAUGGCCAACAUGAGUUUUUGCUGUUGUUAUAAACAGGCGGACGUGAUGAAUUGCGUGGAUACUAUUGUGGACAAAUGCACGGAUCCAGGAUGUUGUUUAUCUCGGAUGCGACCCCGUUACAAACGUUUAGUAGACAACAUAUUUCCUAAUGUACCACAAGAUGGAUUAGUAAAAAAUAAUAUGGAAAAAUUAACAUUUUAUGCUUUAUCAUCGCCAGAAAAAUUAGACCGUAUUGGUGAAUAUUUAUUUCAGAAAGCCAGCAGAGACAUAUCUCGAAAAAGAAAUGAAUUUGUAAUGAUAGCAAUGGAAGCUAUGGAUCAACUCUUAGUGACAUGUCAUGCUCAAACAUUAAAUUUAUUUGUUGAAAGUUAUUUGCGAAUUGUUCAAAAAUUACUAGAAUCAUCUGAACCCAAUCUUCAAAUACUUGCUACUCAAUCUUUUGUGAGAUUUUCUAACAUAGAAGAAGAUACACCAUCAUACCACAGGAGAUAUGACUUUUUUGUUUCAAAAUUUUCAUCAAUGUGCCAUAAUAAUAACCCUAAUUUGGUUACUAUGGAAAUGAUUCGAAAGGCUGGUAUAAAAGGAAUCCAAGGAGUUAUAAGAAAAACUGUAUCAGAUGACUUGGUUGAAAAUAUUUGGGAACCGGUACACAUGGAUAAAAUUGUCCCUUCACUGUUAUUUAACAUGCAUACAAUGAAUGCCAAAUCUGAUAUAGUGACAGAUAAUUUAAUAUCAGAAGAAGUGAAUGAUAAAAAUGACUCUUAUUCUUUGGCUGAGUCUUGUUUGCGCGAACUUAUUGGAAGAGCUUCAUUUGGACAUGUAAAAAGUGUUAUACGCCCCGUUCUUAAACACUUAGAUGCCCAUCAUAUGUGGGUACCAAAUGCUUUUGCAACACAAUGUUUUAGGAUUUUGAUGUUUUCCAUUCAAUCUCAAUAUUCAUAUGCUGUAGUUGAAACUUUAAUGACACAUUUGGAUGAAAAUACCAAUGCAUCACCUAAAAUUCGUACUAGUAUUGCUGAUGUUUUGUCAAAGAUAAUCGCUAUUGCUGCUAAUGAGAGUGUUGGACCUACAGUUUUGGAAAUUAUUAAUUCUUUAUUGACUAAUUUAAGAACAUCAGUCACUAGAAGACCACAAUCUAAUAUUGGUGUUGCCGAAUCAGAUGGAGAAAACGAGUAUCGGGAAGCACUUAUUCAUGCUCUUGGAGAAUUUGCAGCUCAUCUACCAGAUUAUCAAAAAAUAGAAAUUAUGAUGUUUAUAAUGUCAAAAGUUCCUCAGUUUAAGUCUUCAAAUAGUCCCAAUGAUCUUCAUGUUCAGAGAAUGUGUUUAAAAUCUCUUUUGAUGGUUAGUACCAAAUAUAGCUCAGUACAAAUGAAUGCUACAUUUCCUCAGUCAUUUUUAGAUUUAUUAUUAAAAACAUUAACGGCCUCUGAGGAUGAUAUAAGGUUAAUUGUUCUUCGUGUAUUGCAUACACUUUUAGAUCGACACAAUAAUGUUUCAAAAUUGGCUAAACUCGAUGUUAGUAUUUCCAAAUCAGACCUAAAUCUUGAGAAAUGUUCUCGUAGUGACACUAUAUUCAUUCGAAAGCACGCUCAGGAUGUUUAUGUAUCAAUAUAUGAAAGUUUAGAAAUUACAAAUAAUACUAUUGAUAAUUUUGAAGCUGUUUACACUACAUUAGCAUUAAUUUGUGUUGAAUUGCUAUCUGAAGAAUCUGUUCUUGACUAUAUCAGACUAAUUUUAAGUAUUCAAGAGCUGGCUAUUACCAAUGCUGUUCUUUCUACUCAACAAAAAUUUCAUCUGCAUACAUUAGUUAUCAGUAUAAUGCAUUUAACUGCUGUAGUGUUGGAUUUACAGCCACUUGGAGAUUAUGUUGAUAAGAUAAUUGGACAGAGAAAAGAAUUAAAUGCUACACACUUAUUACCUGAUUUAUGUUUGCACAAUGAAGUAAAAUCAUCUAGCCUUCUACCAGCAGGAGUUUUAAUUGAAGAACCUGAGUUAACAGAAGCUUUAAAAGCUUCAGGAAUUGAAAUUACAAAUGAAACAGGUCCAGUGUUAGCUCAUAGACGUAGUUGGGUAGAAAACACCAGUAUUUCUAUGAAAGGUAGCUUUACAGAUCUAAGCACUCUUGAUUUAGAUAGUGUUAAUUCAACUCCAUCUAUGCAAAGACGUUGUCCACCAAAAGAAGAUUUAUCGUUUGAAGCCAUGAAACGCACAUUCCUAGGUUUAGAUUCAACAGCUAAAGAAGAAGAAAACAUGAGACAAACUCAACUAUUUCAUUUAUAUAGAAAUGCAUCAUUCCAAGACUUAGUUGCAAUAUCUACUAAAGCCAAGGAUGAACAAACGUUGCAAAGUACAAUUAUUGAGGUUUUUAACAAAGUCGAGGCAAAAAAUAAAGAAACUCCUAGUAAAAAUGACAUGUCUAAACCUAUUUUUGUAACACUAUUUCCAGAACUGUUUGAUUUUUGAUGUUGGUCUAAUAACCAUAUUUGUCAGUUUAAUUACUGAAAAACAAAUAAGGUUAUUGGAAUAAAAAUUUUGUAGCAUUACAUUGUUAUUUUUUAUCUAAAUUUUAUAAAAUAAAAAUUAAUUAAUAUUACAGUUUUA